GCCAAGAUGGCGCUAAGUUGGAGCGAAUUAGCGGAAGAAGCUGAUGUCGGUUAGCAAGACAAACGGAACCGUUUAACACCGACAGCGCCGAAACAGCAGCACCAAGGUUAACGGAGAGGCGUCUGAGGAAACGAGCCACAACCCGGGAUUCCGUUGGUUGGUGUGGUGAUGGCGGAGCGGCGGGUGGAGUGUACAUGGAAGAGACACAUCUCAGAGCAGCUGAAGCUCAGAGACCAAGUGCAGAGACAAGCCUUCGAGGAGAUCAUCCACCAGUAUAACCGUCUGCUGGAGAAGUCAGACCUGCAGACUGUUCUGUCAGAGAGAUACCAGACUGACAAAUAUGACGUCCAGAGAGGACACGAAGCCAGUUCGGGUGCAGACUCGAAUCGCAGCGAAGCUCUGCAGCAGGAAAUGGCUCAGAUGAGAAUUAAACACCAGGAGGAGCUGACAGAGCUGCACAAGAAGAGAGGAGAGCUGGCUCAGAGUGUGAUCGAACUGAACAACCAGAUUCAACAGAAAGACAAAGAGAUCCAGAGCAACGAGGCCAAAAUGUUGGAGUAUCAGCAGCAGAUCACCAACCUGGAGGGAGACUGUCGGGAGCUGAGGAACUACCUGCAGGACCUGGAGAGGGCAAACCAGACGCUAAAGGAUGAGUAUGAUGCCCUGCAGAUCACUUUCUCUGCUCUGGAGGAGAAACUGAGGAAAACAACAGAGGACAACCAGGAGCUGGUGUCUCGAUGGAUGGCAGAGAAAGCUCAGGAGGCCAACAGGCUGAACGCUGAGAACGAGAAGGACAGCAGACGCAGACAGGCCAAGUUGCAGAAGGAGCUGGCUGAUGCUGCCAAAGAGCCUCUGCCCAUUGACCCGGACGACGACAUCGAGGUUCUGGCUGAGGAUGGAGGGAAGGGGGGAGGAGAGACCUCACCAAACAGACCACUCAGCAGAACUCCCAGUAAGAAAAUCUCCCAGCCUCCUCCUGGUGGUCUGCUCGACUCCAUUUCCAACAUAUUUGGAGUGUCUGAGUGUGUUCAGCCUGGACUCCUCCCACCACACUCCAGGCGUCGAACCGCCAACUCUUUCAGCACUUCACCUGAAAACACAGAGGCCCCGUCAGGAGGGUGUGCAGAGGUUCGAGUCCCGUCCACAGCUCUGCACGUGUUUGAAGCCCAUGACGGUGAAGUGAAUGCAGUGAGGUUCAGCCCUGGCUCUCGUCUCCUGGCUACAGGAGGGAUGGACCGCAGGGUGAAGCUGUGGGAGGUUGUUGCAGGUCACUGUGAGCCUAAAGGAGCUCUGACCGGCAGUAACGCAGGAAUCACCAGCAUUGAGUUCGACAGCGCUGGUUCGUACCUGCUUGCUGCCUCUAAUGACUUUGCCAGUCGGAUCUGGACUGUGGACGACUACAGACUGAGGCACACUCUGACAGGUCACAGUGGGAAGGUGCUGUCGGCUCGUUUCCUAUUGGACAAUGCUCGAAUCGUCUCUGGGAGCUAUGACAGAACGCUCAAACUGUGGGACCUCCGCAGCAAAGUCUGUAUGAAGACGGUUUUCGCUGGUUCCAGCUGUAACGACAUCGUCUGUACGGAGCAGUGCGUCAUGAGUGGACACUUUGAUAAGAAAGUUCGAUUCUGGGACAUCAGAGCGGAGAGCAUAGUGCGGGAGCUGGAGCUGCUGGGCAGAGUGACGUCUCUGGACCUGAACCACGACCGAACCGAGCUGCUCACCUGUUCCAGAGACGACCUGAUCAAGAUCAUUGACCUGCGCACCAACUCUAUCAGACAGACAUUUAGUGCUCAGGGCUUCAAGUGUGGAGCUGACUGGACCAGAGUGACCUUCAGCCCGGACGGCUGCUACUUGGCUGGAGGAUCAGCUGAUGGAGCUCUGUAUAUCUGGAACGUCCUGACGGGGAAAGUGGACAAAACUCUUGACCGGAACCACAACUCUGCCAUCAACUCAGUGUCCUGGUCCCCUUCAGGAGCCUACGUGGCCAGUGUGGAGAAGGGCAGCAAGGCCAUCCUGUGGUCCGACAUGUGAUUGGCUGAACUGUGUUCCAGCUGGACACCAAUGGAGACAGAGACUCUGUCCAGUGAGAGGAUGGUUUAUCAGCAGCUGGAUGAUGAAAUGUUUGGAGCUUGCAGCUGUGGACAGAUGUGUCAGUCAGAAGAAAUGAGACGCUGAGAGCUGCUGCUCUCUUGUCUGCCUUCAUGUUGAACAUAAAAACGGCUUGAAUCACA